UUUUACUAUUUUAGGUUUGCUGGGCCCAUAACCUGAUGAAAUUAAAAUAAAGGGAAAAUCUAUAUAGUAUAUUAUAUUUUAUUUAACUUUAGAUUGAGAGUAACAGUAAAAAGGUAACCUAUCAACGCGUGAGCUCCAUAGACUAACAUAACACAUAAAACCUACUUCAACAAAGCCAAAUACAAUUUUUCGUUUGUGCGUGUGCCAUAGCAAUACAAAAUGGUCACAACUCAGUUUAUUGCUCCGUCCUCGAAAGAGCAAAGCACUGAUAUUCUGUUGCGGCCAAAAAGUCUAUGACUAGAAGAAUGGUAAUAUAGUUCCAUUUACGAAGGUUUUUUUUAUUUUUUUUUUAUUUUACAAGAAUAUUUCACGAAAUUCUGAGGAUUGUGUGACCUAUUGUCGAGGGAACACACAACCUCACGUGAACACACCUCGCUCACCAAAGCAUUUACGAAGGUUGCAUGUUAGAUUGACACCGAAUAAUGUCAGCCACAUUCAAUACAUCAAAAUAAGCACGUUCUAAUAUAAAAAGUGAAAUGGUUUGAAUAUAUGUACAUAUAUUAUAUUGUAUAUAAGUUUUAUUUGCGAUGGAUUCGAACGUAGUGGAAUGCGAGGCAGGGCGGGAGGUGUGCGGGUGCAAGGGCGGCCCUUCUUUGGCUAUAUUGAAGGAGGUACAGAGGGCAUACGAGGAGAGGAUGCAGAUCAUAGACAGAGUCGGCGGAGCUAAUAAGUUGCAGAUGCAAGUGGAGGUGCUGAGGUCGUGGGUGAGCGACCUCGUCGGCCAGAACACGCUGCUGGUGCGUACCGUCGAGGACUUGGAGUCGGAGGCGACCACGCAACUACUGCUUGAGCGUCGUAGACAUUCUGAGCGAGACAAGAAGAGAAAGGUGUGCGCUGACUGGAGCGAACUAAAGAUAUUAAACGAUUCCCUUCAAAAAGAAAACAUAGCAAAAGACAGGGAGAUACAGAGACUAAACAAGGACAUCCAGCAGUAUGAACGCACUAUUAUCAACCUAAGGAGCGAGAUGGCGCUCCGAGAUGCCAGUAGUCCAGAGGUAUUAAAAAAAGACGCCGAAGUCACGGCUGCAAUGUGUUGUACCGGGAAUGAGUGUGGCGAUUGGGAACCUGUAAAGGAUUAUAGUGCUAAAUUAGAAGACGAUCAGGCAAGCUACCAAGACCGUAUAGUUAAGAUGGAGGCCAAGCUGAAGUCUAGUUGCGAGACUGUACGUACGUUACGAAAAAUGAACGUGGCAUUCAAGAAGGAGAUGGAGUCGAUGCGUGGCGUGUGCGCCGCCCUGCACGAGCAGUGUCUCGCCGUCUCCACCGAGGUGCAGUUCAAGGACGACGUCAUAAAGGAGAUGCGUCGCCAACUGCGAAAGGCUAAAGCUAAGUUAAAGGAACUCUCAGAUAUAAAUACAUCAGGACCUCUGAAAGACUACGUAAGCGGUGAUCAUGAUUUCGGCCGCAGUUCAACCUUGUCCACAUAUGAAUCCGUGAUGAUAGAGUGUGUCAGUCAACAACCGCGGAGGAAUUGCUGUCCGGUUGACUCGACCCUCGAAUUACCCCCGAUGCUGUGCCCCAGCGAUGUUCAUAGCCUGAAGUUAGAAGGUUCGGACGAUGAUAUGUCCAUAAAACCUGAUUGAAACCUGAUUUGUGAGUUAUUUUGUUUAAUUUGAAAUA